UUAUGGGAGCGCACAGUCCCAGAGGGAGCCCACAGGAGACCGGUUCAAGGUAUUGUACCCUUCUGAGGCCUGGUAACAAGGACCGGAAUUCCUCUCUGAGGGGGAACUUUUGGCAUUAUCACACUGGCACUGGAUUUGGGCCAACGUGUUAACGAAGAAACGCCAAGAACCACUGUACUUCUGACCCCCUGGGGUUGGCUCCUCGGCGGCUGCAAGUUGGAUUCGGUGGAGCGAUCCUGAUUUUGCAAGCUGGGGAGCUCGCCCACAUGGGCAGCGGGUGUCGUAGGCAGGGGAACGCACUGCCUUCCCGAACUACCGCACCUGUCUCCAUCGGAGGCCCCCAGACCCACUCCCCCAGCCUGCUGUGGUGAAAUGAGGAGCUGGGACAGGAGGAUAAUGAAGGAAAACGUGCCUCAAAGUCCAGUGUGAGAGAGAGAGCGAAAGAGAGAGAGAAUCGGCACUUCCUUCGCAGCCAUGAGCCAGCCCACCCUGGCCUCCACAGAGCUACCAGGACAGAAGAGCCUCACCUUCGAGGUGGUGGACAUUGUGGUUAUCGUCAUUUACUUCGUCUUCGUCCUCGCCAUUGGGAUAUGGUCAUCCAUACGGGCAAGCCGGGGAACCGUUGGAGGGUAUUUCCUCGCCGGACGGUCCAUGACAUGGUGGCCUAUCGGAGCCUCCCUGAUGUCAAGCAAUGUGGGCAGUGGCUUGUUCAUUGGCCUUGCCGGCACAGGGGCAGCUGGGGGUCUCGCCGUCGGAGGCUUUGAGUGGAAUGCUACAUGGGCGCUGCUGGCCCUCGGCUGGAUUUUUGUGCCUGUUUACAUUGCCGCCGGAGUUGUCACCAUGCCUGAGUACCUGAAGAAGAGAUUUGGAGGACAGAGGAUUCAAAUCUACAUGUCCGUACUGUCCCUCAUUCUCUAUAUAUUCACCAAGAUAUCAACGGAUAUUUUCUCUGGAGCACUGUUCAUCCAAGUCUCCCUGGGCUGGAACCUUUACCUGUCCACCGUGAUCUUGCUAGUGGUGACAGCGGUCUACACCAUCGCUGGUGGUUUAACAGCUGUGAUGUACACCGAUGUGCUGCAGACAGUGAUCAUGGUCCUCGGGGCUUCAGUUCUCUCCUUUAUAGGGUUUGAAAAAGUCGGCUGGCUGGAAGGCCUGAAAGAGAAAUACAGCACCGCGAUACCCAGUGUCAUAGUCCCAAAUACCACCUGCCACCUCCCACGCACUGACGCCUUCCACAUGCUCAGGAACCCUAUCACCGGAGACAUACCUUGGCCAGGGCUUAUCUUCGGCCUCUCUGUGCUGGCUACUUGGUGUUGGUGCACUGACCAGGUUAUAGUGCAAAGGUCUCUCUCUGCCAAGAGCCUCUCCCAUGCCAAGGGCGGAUCGGUGCUGGCAGGUUAUUUGAAAAUGCUCCCAAUGUUUUUCGUGGUCAUGCCGGGGAUGAUCAGCCGAGCUCUAUAUCCAGAUGAAGUGGGAUGUGUGGACCCGAAAAUCUGUGAAGCCGUCUGUGGUGCUAAAGUGGGUUGCUCUAACAUCGCCUACCCUAAGCUCGUAAUGGGACUCAUGCCUGUAGGACUCCGGGGCUUGAUGAUUGCCGUGAUGAUGGCAGCCCUGAUGAGUUCCCUCACCUCGAUUUUCAACAGCAGCAGCACGCUCUUCGCCAUAGAUAUCUGGCAACGGCUCCGCAAGAAAGCCACGGAGCAGGAGCUCAUGAUUGUUGGCAGGGUGUUUGUUCUCAUCCUUGUCGUCGUCAGUAUUCUCUGGAUUCCCAUCAUUCAGACGUCCAACAGCGGUCAGCUCUUUGACUACAUUCAGUCCAUAACCAGCUACCUAGCCCCACCAAUUACUGCCCUCUUCAUCCUGGCUAUCUUCUGCAAGAGGAUCAAUGAGCCCGGUGCUUUCUGGGGCCUCAUGUUCGGCUUGGUAGUAGGUGCCAUUCGGAUGAUCAUGGAGUUUUCCUAUAAAGUGCCAUCCUGUGGCGAGGAGGACCUAAGACCAGCUGUCCUAAAGGAUGUGCAUUACCUGUACUUUGCCCUCAUUCUCUGCGUGCUCACAGGCAUCAUCAUUACCCUAGUCAGUUUCUGCACUCCACCCAUCCCAGAGGAAAAGCUGGCCAGCCUGACCUGGUGGACUCGACACAGCAGCGCUCCCACGACUGACCUGGAGAAGGACAAGAACGAGUUGGCGGAGGUCAACCCAUCAACGGGCGAGAGUGAUGCAGAGGAGCCGACGGAAGAGAACGCAGAUUCAGGGAACAAAGACCAUGACGCAGCAAGCCCGCCAUGCUGGAAGAAGAUGUACUUCUGGUUCUGUGGCAUCUCCACCAACCCAGGACCCUCACUGACCAAGGAAGAGAAAGCAGUCCUGGAAAGGAAACUUACUAACAUUACGGAGAGGCCCCUUUCAAGGACGGUUUGCAACGUUAAUGCUAUAAUCCUGCUAGCUAUUAACGUCUUUCUGUGGGGAUACUUUGGCUGAAAGACGGGGCUGCAGACGCUUCUCAGCUGGUUUGGCUUUGAUUUACAAUGAAUUCAGACACUAAUUGAAGGAAACAAAUUAAUCUCUCCUCAUCCUAACCCCAGCCCGGAGCUGGCAGAUAACAGAGACAAUAGACUGUCCAUUAGGCUCUAUGUUUCCCCUCGGUACAGCUUCAGUCAUUCAGAGAUUGAAGGAAAUGCAGUUAGCUGCUUGGCUUCUCCAGGAGUGAACAUAUGAUGAGGUCAGAACGGGUCCCCAAAGUUUGGAUUCAGAACCAAGCCUGCCCAAGGAUAGGCAGAGCAGGAUUUGGUUCAACUCAAAAGUGUUGGGCUGGGUGGAAAGUUUAGAUCCAAGCUCAGUUCAAAGCCAAGUUCAAGGCUAUUUAGCUCUUGAGGAGUCUGGACCCAGAUCAGUCAGCUUGGGCCUGCUACCCCUCACAGUAAACUGAUGUAGAUCCGUUGACAUCCUUGGAUUUAUGCCUAAGGGCCAGCAAUGCCAGGGGUGGGCGAAUCAGGUGCAAGGUGCUGUGUUUAAUGUAACUUAUAUUGGACCAAAGAACAUUGCAGCAAUCCACCCUGUUCCAUGACCUCCCCAGUCCAUCCCCCCGUGACCUCCUAGGCAGGCCAUGCAUGGACCAGUACAGAGACCUAUCUUCUGUAAGCACCCCUCACAGACUGGACGGAAAGCCUGCCUGGCAUCUCUGGGCUGAAUUUCACCCGUUGUAUUCUCCAGAUUCCCACGUGUAUUGUAAUCACCCAGCCCUUCCAAGAUGGCUGAGUUGAAGCCAAGACUUUGGCUAACACAGUUUGUGCUGCCCAGUGUUAGCCUGCAGAGCCUAUCAGAAAGAACCUCAGGGUCUGCGUGGGGGCCAAAAGACUCCAGACAAACAAAACAAACAAACGAUGCCCUUUUUGCAAGCCUUCUUGCAGCUGAGUUCUGUCUCUUUCCACUUCUGAAGGACCUUGUACCCUAAAUAGCCAUUUCUUUGCUAAUGUAACAUGUUCCUAUUUAUUGAUUGGGCUAAUGCUAUACUUCAAGAGCAUUGCCUGUGGCGGAAGAACUUUAACAAAACAAAAACCGAACCUUUCGUGCAGGUCAUUAUCUUCUGUAUAUAUUUGAGAGGUUGUCUGUACGUGAGGGAGUGAAUGAAUCUGCCCACGUGUUUGUUCGAGAACUCCUCCACUAAAUUUGGUAUUCAGCUUCCUCUUAUCAUGACUUAAAGCAAGGCCAGAGUUUGUGUCAGGACAAUGGGAUGUGCCUGGAAUGUGAUUGUUUCUCAUAACACAGAAAGGGAGGCUUCUGCUGGCAGGGAGAGUUAUACUGUAUAAUGACCACAGGGGGGAGCAAGGGCUCUGUUGCAGCUGCAACAGGCUGUGGUGAGUGAGGAUUGGGGUAGUCCUCUCUGACCAGGGCAGACUGCAUACUGAACCCCAGGUCCUUCAAGGAAGUCUGGGGAGGGGGUCUGAAGCUCCACCCCCCUCCUAAUCUGUAUGGGGACACUGCUGAAUCUAGCAAUGCCAGCUAAAUCUUCUAGUUAUUUAUACUGAAGUCUUGCUUAGAGACCAUGGUUCUAGCUGUUGUGCAUAUAGAAAAUAAAAUCCCCUUACCCAAAGAGUUUAUAAAACCAAACCUAGCAGGGAGGAAUAGCAUGGUAUUUACCAGAGUGGGUUUUUGUCAGGUAAAAUCAUGUUUUUUUGUCACCCAGAUUAAAAUUAGUUAGACCCAGUUUAUGGCAUUUUCCAUGUUAAAAGUUGUUUUAUCACACGCAACCCGCAGUUUUAGUUAUAUAUUCAAAUUGCAUUACAUAUUCAAAUGAGGCAGCAGAUUAGGAGAGCAAUUUAAACUUGCAGAAAUAAAAAAGUGAAAUUGCUGUGAGCAUACUAAUAUACAUAAAUAUCACAGUCAGUGUCAGGAGGCCUGUAUACAAUUGGCUUUGGUGUUUUCUCAAGGAUCACUCAUGUCCAUAACUCCUAAAACAUUCAGUGCCAGUAAUGCAGAGUUGGAGCCCUGAUGUGUUAAGCAAUUGGAAGCAUUCAGGGUUGCGGUCUACCUAUCCAGGUCUGGUUGGCCAUGCAGCAUGCUGGCGCAGACCAACUUUGUCAUGGGUCAAAUAACCCCGAAUGGAUGUCUUCAAAGUUUGAAAAGGUUUAUUCGAGGCUUGCUGAACUUGCUGGACAUUGAUGCUGAACAUCCCACCCCGUUCUCUGAUGUCAGAUGGCAUCACGGCGGUCUGCAGGUUUUCCACCAUGCUCCAGCAGAAUGACAGUGGACAAAAACGUUGCUUUUUGGCAACGGUGAGUCUUCUGCUUCAAAUGCAAGUAAACAUGGCAGAAAAGCCGGGAUUUUUGCUGAGCAGUUACUUCUUGUUCCAAUGACGUAUUUCUUUCCUGUGUGGGUUGAAUGAAGGAGGUUGGCCAACAUUUGUAAUUGCCUCAUGGAAUCAUUUUUAUAUUUUUGCUUUAUAUGGCACAAAAAGUCUUCCAUUUAUCAGUAGAUCCAACCAUCCGUCUCACGCACCAACCGGCCUUUGUAGAGUGCGUCAAGUGUCACAGAAAAUGAAUUAAAUUGACUGGACAAGUUA